GCUUAUAAAGAGGAGCACUGCGAAGUCCAGUUCUCCUACAUCGACACGCGACCUCCAUUCCAUCUUUCCCUUGGCUAUGUUUCUCCUCUCCUUGAGCGUUCCUUCCAUGUUCCUGAUACUAAAAAUAUGUGGCCUGGCCUUUCUCCUCUUCUUCCUGAGAGCAGCAUGGGUCACCAUCUCUUGCUACUGCCUGACUCCCAGGCGCAUCAGAAGGUUGAUGGCCGAGCAAGGAGUCUACGGCCCCAAGCCCCGUUUUCUUGUCGGAAAUCUCAAGGACAGUUCCGCCCUCGUCUCCAAGGCUACCUCCAGAGACAUGGAAUCAAUAGAGCAUGACAUUGUGGGCCGCCUCCUGCCCCAUUAUGUCGUGUGGUCCAAAACAUAUGGUAAGAGGUUCCUGUAUUGGUAUGGGAGCGAGCCGAGGCUGUGCGUGACGGACACCGACAUGAUCAAGGAGCUCCUUUCUUCUAAAUAUGUGCAGCUAUCAGGUAGGUCCUGGCUGCAGAGGCAGGGAUCGAAGCACCUCAUCGGCCAUGGCGUGUUGAUGGCCAAUGGCUCGAACUGGUACCACCAACGUCACACGGUGGCUCCGGCCUUCAUGGGGGACGCCCUCAAGGGUCACAUUGGAUACAUGCUGGACUGCACUAUGCAAAUGAUCAAAUCGUUGCGUGAAACCAUCCAAACAGGGAAUGAUGAGGUAGAGAUAGGAGAAUACAUGACUCAUCUCACUGCAGAUAUCAUCUCUCGCACCGAGUUUGCAAGCAGCUAUGAGAAGGGAAAGAAGAUAUUCAAGCUCAUCGAGAAAUUGCAGAAAUUAACUGCUCAGGCGGGCCGCUAUUUGUGGAUUCCAGGCAGCCGGUUCUUUCCUAGCAAGUACUACAGCGAGAUCAAGGAAGUGAGAGGAGAAGUGGAAAGGCUGAUGACAGAGAUCAUAGAAAGCAGGAAGGAUGGUGUCGAGAUCGGGAGGAGCUCUUCCUACGGCAAAGAUCUUCUUGGGAUGCUGCUGGCUGAGACCCAAAAGAAGGGAGAUGGAUUCAGCUACAACCUUGAAAUGGUGAUGGAUGAAUGCAAGACCUUCAUCUUUGCGGGACAUGAGACCUCGGCGCUACUUCUCACUUGGACCAUCAUGCUUCUUGCCACCAACCCGUUGUGGCAGGAGAAGGCCCGUGCUGAAGUUGAACAAGUUUGUGGCGAUGAGCCCCCUUCGACAGAUCAUCUUUCCAAACUCAAUUUGCUUAACAUGAUAAUUAACGAGUCAUUGAGGCUGUAUCCGCCUGUUUCCGUUCUACCCCGAAUGGUGUUCGAGGAUAUCAAGCUUGGGAAUCUUCACAUUCCGAAGGGACUCUCUAUAUGGAUUCCAGUUCUUGCGAUCCACCAUGACAGCGAAAUAUGGGGCAAGGACGCGCAUGAGUUCAAUCCCGAGAGAUUUGCCAGCCGAUCAUUUGCUCUCACCCGAAACUUUCUGCCAUUUGCAUCUGGUCCCCGCAACUGUGUUGGCCAGGGCUUUGCGACGAUGGAAGCCAAGAUUGUGCUGGCCAUGCUGCUCUCUCACUUCAGCUUCACCAUUACUAAAAACUACCGGCAUGCCCCCAUUAAUGUCCUCACCCUGAAGCCCAAGUAUGGUGUCCCCAUCCACUUGAAACCCCUCAGGCCAUGAUCUGGUCAACAUAACUCGCGGACUCUCUUUGUAUCUCGUUUCACUGGAGCUGUGUUCAAAGUUUUGACAUAUGAUUUUUUGGAUGAGAACUAGAA